AUGAGCCUUGACACCGACUGGUCCCGCUUGUUGCCCCGUUACUUGGGUAUUGACCUGCGUAACUGGCUGAAUGAAUUUGUCGAAGGACAAGGGGAUGCGCAGAUCUCUGGGUCCGCUGUGAAGAAGGCAAUCAUCUCUCGUUACGGUGUUCCUAGGGAGCAAAGUCGGUUUGCUCGGAUCCGUGAAUUCUUGGCUUACACGAAGCAAGACAGUGAGUCUGUUGACUCCUUCCUGGAACGGUUUAAGGAUUUGAGAGCAAGAUCCGAGGUGUCUGACAAGCAUGUGGCUGCUCUGGUGUGCUUCGAUGCGUUCCCGAAUUUUGUUUCUCGCUUGCUUACUGUAGCAAUGAGCCAAGCUUCCGAAACUUCGUUCUAUGAUAUCGACUAUAUGUCUUCUGUGACCCGCCGUCUGGAUGCGACUAUUGAGAAGAAGGUCGGUAAGGGUGUUGAUCGCUUGGGCUCUCGCAAGAGAGAAGCGGAUGCUUCACACCUUCCAGUAUCCAAUGAGGCUAAGAAGUCAAGAUGGUACGAGGAACCGAGUUCUUCUGGUGCUCGUGGGGCUUCUUCGCGUCGUUCUAAUUCUGGUAUCAGGAAUUCUUGGGUCUCGAAGUUUGGCAAGACCAUAGCUCAACAUCGUGCGGAGCAAUCGCGCAAGGAAUGCAAUGGACACUACGGAAAGGGUCAUUCGUGUGCCAACGGUGGUACUUCUGGUCCUACGAAGACUGUUCGCAUGAUGACAAAGCGUCCAACAGUACAAUCCACGAUGGACAAGGCUUUAGCGUCUGAGGCUGGUGCUGCCGUACUUCGGGAAAAGAGCAGGGAGGUCAAUGCCUGUUCCGCUGCGUCUGUCGUUGUUGCUCCUGUUCCUGUGCGGAAUGAAGUUAGUCCUGGUUUGUCUUCUGUUCAGGAGACUGAGAACACUGAGGUUGACUCUGAUGUGGAAAUGUCGGAAUCAGAUGGUCAUACUAUCACCGAUGCUGAGGACCUGUGUGGUCGAGCUCAGGCUUCGAUUGUUGAUGGUAUGGACAGUGUUUAUGUGUCUGAUGUUGACUUGUUGCAGAAUUUGUCUGCUCAAGAAUGUAAGUUUGAUGCUGUAUUUAGUGCACCUCCUACAUUGCGUUCCAAUGCCAUAUGUGUUCCAAUUGUGGUACAAAAUGUCAUUUGUUUCGGUAUCGUAGACACUGGUGCGACUUUUAGUUGCAUUACUGACGAGUUUUUCGAUCAUCUAGGAGGUCGUACUCAUUCUGGUUUUGAAGCUGCUGCUGCUGACAGUAUUGUACAGUUGGCACAUGAAGCGACUACCGUUCCUCGUGUUGGUUCUGUGGUCUUGAAUGUUACUUAUAAUAAAGUUGUUAGUUCACAUUCAUUUGAAGUUUUUACAUUUUAUUCAGAAGAAAAUGUACAUGUGUUAUUGGGAAUGGAUGUUCUCUCUAAGAUUGGUAUUGGUAUUAGUGGUUUAGUGAGUCAGCAUGAUUUUCAGACUGGUCCCAGAAAGCCAGAUCCUGUUGACGACUCGAUUGAACCUAAUCACCAUUCAUUUGGUAGUGAUAAGGAACGUGCUCCUUACGUUAGGCUAUUGAAUGAACUGUUAUUGGACAAUUCGCAAAUUGACAUGAGAAAUACUCAGUGUAAUUUGCCUGAUUCUGUUAUCAAGCUGGAUACUAAGCCUGGCUGUGGUGCCUAUCGUGCUCAAUAUCCACUUGCGGAGGCCUAUAGGGAUGCUGUUAAUAUACAGAUCCAAGUGUGGCUUGAUGAAGGCGUUAUCGAACGAUCGGCGAGUCAUAUCCGCUUCAAUCAUCCGUUGUUGGUGGUGAAGAAGAAAGAUUCGAAUGGCAAUUAUGACAUGUCUAAGCCUCGUGUGGUGUUAGACGUCCGUAAGUUGAAUUCGAUUUUGGAGGUUGAUGACAAACAACAGUUGCCGUUGAUUUCAUGUAUUCAUCAGAAUAUUGGGAAUAAAACGAUUCAUACUUGUCUGGAUAUCCAUGCUUGUUUUACCAGUUUUGGAUUGGAUCCCUCGCAAGCUCAUAAGGUUUCGUUUACUUCGCCGUUUAGCAAUACUCAGUACACCUUUCGGAAGGCUGCGUACGGUAUUCGUCAUGUUGGUUCAGUAGUUGUUCGUACAUUGCAGAAUCUGUUGUCAGAUCUGAAUACGUCCAAUGCUGCUACUCCCAAUUCUACCAAGGAUGACCAGUCAGUGUUCUGCUACGUUGAUGAUAUAAUCUGUAGUACCUCGGGUAGCUUGGAAAAUCACUUUAAACUUGUUGCUGAAGUGGUUCGUCGUUUGACAAAGGCUAAUCUGGUUUUGAAUCUAGAGAAGCAUUUACCUUUUAGGAUGGAGUGUAAUUGA